AUGGGGAGCCAGCGGGAGUCCGGAGCCCCCUCAGGGGCUGGUUCCUGCCCCCAGCCGCCGGACAUUCGCAACACAGUGGGCAACAUCCCCAUGGAGUGGUACCAGGACUUCCCACACAUCGGCUACAACCUGGAGGGCAAGAAGAUCUACAAGCCCAUCCGGAACAAGGACGAGCUAGACAUGUUCCUGGAGAAGAUGGAGAACCCCGACUACUGGCGAACGGUCCAGGACAAGAUGACGGGUGCAGACAUAAAGCUGACAGACGAGCAGGUGGACCUGGUGCAUCGGCUCCAGAGAGGGCAGUUUGGGGAUGUCCACUUCAAUCCCUACGAGCCAGCCGUUGACUUCUUCACCCACGAGGUCAUGAUCCACCCAGUGACGAAUCGCCCAGCGGACAAGCGGAGCUUCAUCCCCUCCCUCAUCGAGAAGGAGAAGGUCUCCAAGCUAGUCCACGCCAUCAAGAUGGGCUGGAUCAAGCCCCGUAAGCCCAAGGACGACACACCUACGUACUACGACCUCUGGGCUCACGAGGAUCCCAACUCCAUCCUGGGCCGCCACAAGAUGCACGUCCCAGCCCCCAAGAUGAAGCUGCCCGGGCACGAGGAGUCCUACAACCCCCCACCCGAGUACCUGCUCAGCGAGGAGGAGAAGCUGGCCUGGGAGCAGCAGGAGCCAGCCGAGCGGAAGCUGAACUUCGUGCCCCAGCAGUACCGGUGCCUGCGGGCGGUGCCUGCCUACUCCCGCUUCAUCCACGAGCGCUUCGAGCGCUGCCUGGACCUCUACCUCUGCCCGCGCCAGAGGCCAGGUGUCAAUGUGGACCCGGAGGACCUGAUCCCCAAGCUGCCGAAGCCACGGGACCUGCAGCCCUUCCCGACCACCCAGGCCCUGGUCUACCGCGGGCACACCAGCCUGGUGCGUUGCCUCAGCAUCUCUCCCAGCGGGCAGUGGCUGGUGUCAGGCUGUGGGCAGGGGCAGUGCUGUGGGGCUCGGGGCUGCUCUCCCCUCUGGCUUGGCGACGUGCCCCGGAGCCCCGUGCCGCUGAGCCGAGCCGUGGCAGCCCCCGGUGCAGCAUCCCUGGGGGGAGCCGUGCCUGGCCCUGGCCCUGGCCCUGGCCCACCCCAGCACGCCACCAUCUGCCUGGUGGCCAUCUGCGUGGAGCAGUCGGUGCUGCUGGUGAACCCCUGCCUCGGGGACAAGCUGCUCUACGGGGCCACCGACCAGCUGCUCGAGUCCUACGUGGCGCCGGAGGAGGAGCGGGUCCAGCCCGUGCAGUGGGUGACAGCCACCAUGGAGGAGCACGGCAGAGGCGUCCGGCUGGUGGUCCAGCACAGCAAGGCCGUGAAGCAGGUGACCUGGCACGGCAAAGGCGACUACUUCGCCAGCGUUGUCUCUGACAACAGCAACAUGCAAGUGCUGAUUCACCAGACCAGCAAGCGCUGGAGCCAGAACCCCUUCCGCAAGAGCAAGGGGCUGGUGCAGUGCGUGCUCUUCCACCCCAUCCGGCCCUACUUCUUCGUGGCCACCCAGCGCUACGUCCGCGUCUACAACCUCCUCAAGCAGGAGCUCACCAAGAAGCUGAUGACAAACUGCAAGUGGGUGUCCAGCAUGGCCAUCCACCCUGGAGGUGACAACAUCAUCUGCGGCAGCUACGACAGCAAGCUGGCCUGGUUUGACCUGGACCUCUCCACCAGGCCCUACCAGCUGCUGCGGCACCACAAGAAAGCGCUGCGGAGCGUGGCCUUCCACAAGCACUACCCGCUCUUCGCCUCGGGCUCGGACGACGGGACCGUCAUCGUUUGCCAUGGCAUGGUCUACAACGACCUGCUGCAGAACCCACUGCUGGUGCCUGUGAAGGUGCUGAAGGGCCACGUGCUGACGUUGGACCUGGGCGUCCUCGACGUGCUCUUCCACCCCACCCAGCCCUGGGUCUUCUCCUCCGGUGCCGAUGGCACCGUCCGGCUCUACACAUAG